ACAAUAUAUAUUUCAUUUGUAUUCCUUAUAUUUCCUCUAAAUUAUAGAUUAUCUUAAGAAUUAGAAUCUGGUUUUCAACCUGAUAAGAUUUUUAAAUGUCUUUCUUAGUUUCAUCACUCUUAAAGUUCGGUAGUAAUAUAACCUUUAUAGAUUAUUACAAAAAUUAGACCAUUUUACUAUGGAUUCUGAAGAUAAACUUUUAUUAAGCAAAGAUCCCACUCCGUUGGAAAGGGAAGUUGCUAAAUGUUUACUUUAUAUACAAUCGUCUGGUACCGCCGAUUUGAAGGGCGAUGUUAAGAAGAUUGUUGUUUCUUCAUGUAGAGAGGUUGAAGUCGGAGCUCUCAAGAAAAACGCAGUUGUAGUGUUUGUUCCCUACAGAGUUUACCAAAAUCACGUGCGCCGAAUUCACGGAAGGCUUCUGAUUGAGCUUGAAAAGAAGACCAAGCGCCAUGUUUUUAUAGUAUCUCAGAGGAAGAUUAUGUCUAAACAGUUCAAUAACAAGGCCUUUAGAAAGAGGCCCAGGAAUCGUACCUUGACUAGUGUACACGAAGCUGUUCUUGAAGAUAUCGCAGCUCCCACAGAAAUUGUCGGCAAAGUGACUCGUAUGAGGCAAGACGGCACUCGUGUUUUGAAGGUGUUCUUGGACCCCAAGGAUAGGCAAAACGAUAAUGUAGAGGAUAAACUCGAGACCCUCUCCGCAGUUUAUAAAAAACUGACCAACAAAGAGGCCGUUUUUACUUUUAAAAAUGUCACUUGAAAUUUCCUACAUCCUACCACUACCCUAUACAUUAUUUA